AUGGCGAGCCGUUUCUGUUUAACGCACUCGCCUAUUGAUGACAUCUUCAUCUCCAUAGACCGCGCAAGUUUGUACAGUCACACGGGGAUUGACCUCUGGAAGCAGGGCUGGCGAGUCAAUCUGCUAUUCCCCACCCCAACUCCUGUCAAGCACGCCAACUUGACAAUCGUCGAAGAUGUCUUCACCACAUACUUCAUUCUACGGUUCCUGGUCUGUAAUUACGUGCCUGUGUUGAACGCAGAUAUCGCAGAUCGCAUCCGAUCGAACCAAUCACUUGUGUUGUUCUGGCCGAACUGCUUCUGGCUGGUGAAGGCCGUGCUUGACUUCGUGACAAGCGGACGUGUUGGUGAGCCUCUGGCCUCUGCUCUGGAGCCUUCUUCAAACGUCCCCGCUUUCUCCGAUUACCAACGCAACAGCCUUCUGAAACGCCUUCCAGACUCCCGCCUUGAAGCCUUCAGCCGAGUUAUUCGACACCAGGGCAGUGAUUCCAGGCCUCCGGUCUACCGGCGUCUACCCCCCUGCCAGACCACCCCACCCAGGGCACUUGUUGCUCCCGUUUCAAUCGAUAGGGAGGUCGGGAAGAAGGGGUGUGGUGUUUGGAGUGUGGUCGGAGGUUCUCAGCCAAGUGUGCGCUUCAGUGAUGCGCGUCGUCUGGCCACUCUGCAAUUGCCAAAACCCUGCUCAUCUCAUCGCGACCCAACUCUCCCCGACUGCAAAAUGUUGCGGCUCACCGUCUACCAACCUCAGCAGCUUCGACUGCGUCCGCCACCUCUUGAGCCUCGUAAACCGAUUUCACGGGAAUUCUGGUGCCCACCCAACCGCCCUCUCAACGUUUCUGCGUCAAUCCAUGACAGCUUUCUCGCCCUCCAGUUCAACCCGUAUGCGCGUCUCGUGAGGGAGUAUUUCUGGUUCCUGAUUCUCGCCUGCUGCCUCGUUCUCCUGCUCCUCAACCUCCGAUGCAUUCUGGAGUUCUUGACUUUCAGAAGCACCACUCGGUGUUUGCGUGAUGUCUACCGCUGUCUUCGUGGACGUCCACGGGUUGCGGUGGGCGACGUCAAAGACGACGAGGGCUUCUUAUUUCUUAGGAGUGUUGGGCGGCACCAAGAUCGGCAGCCAAUUGCGGAGACGGUCCUCACGACUCUCCCGCUUCAGUCCCUGCGUGCCUCUCGUUGA